AUUCCGAGGCGAGGAGUGAAGCGGGGAGGCUGCGUGUGUGAGGAGCUAGGCAGCAAGCAGCUGACGAGGAGGAGUAAAGUAGCAAUAGCUGCACAGCUUUCUCUCUGCCUCUGAAGUACAAUAUUUUCUGUUGAGUCACAACUGAAGAGAAGGAUGAAGUUUUAACUGUACUUGGUACUGCCUGAGAAAGGGAAAAGAUGCACUGUGGUGCUGAACUAAUGAAUUUCUGCUGAGGGAUACCCCUGGAAGCCGACAGGAUUUCUGCAUUUUUGGCUUUUACAUUCAUUGGCUUCUGCUGUUUUUUGCUUUUUGGAUUUUUAGUAGCUCUUUGCAUUUUUUUUCUUCGCCGUUCAAAAUAUGCCUUCAACUUUACGUGAUUUCUCAUCCUACUGCUGCUGUGGAACAGGAUACUCUCGGUGCCUUUAACAUUGUUUUCCCUCUUACCUGAGAUGGGACACCAACAAUAUGUUUAUAAUCUCCAUGGGGAAAGUUCACUCUCUGGUGAACCUUUAAUAAGAUUAGGAAUCCUGCAGGACUUGUUUUUUCUAUGAGAACAAGCUAUUGUAUUCUGUAGUUUUCUAUUAAUUCUAUACAUUUCCUUUACAUUUUAGCCUUGUAUUUUAUUUUGAACCAGCAAGCUGCUUCGUGACAGAGUAAAAACUGGAUGCGAGUUGUGCAUUAGGAAGUGAUUGAUGUGUGCUUGUGCAGCUUGUGGCACUAUGAGAAGCACAGGUGCUGAUGUUUGCUAGAAGUAGAUUGAAAAGGCAAGAAAAUGAAAUUGUGCUUCUGCUCAGAAAACCUGUUGUAAAACUGUGGGGCAGGAAGCAAUUCCGCAAACAAAAACUCCACUUGUUUCUGCGGGACAAAAUGAAGAGGUUUCUUCAAGGCCAGGUAGAUGAGAAUCCAAACCACGCUCAUCACUGCCAGCUCUCCCCAGUGGAGAUAGAAACGGACAUGUUUGUUUGUGGAAUGAAGAGGAGCUCAGCGAGCACUGAAUUUUCUGCUGCUGGAGGGGACUUCCGUCAGGAUGGAGGACGUGAUUCCAAAGGAGUGAGCGAAGUGUGUGUUGGUGAGGUGGAACUGAACUGGGAUCGUUAUGUGAAAAUACCGUGCUCCGUCCAACAGAACAAGAAGGAUUUACAGGGAACUUCUUCUGAUAGUACAAUGCAGACCUCUUCUGAAAGAAAGGGCAGAGUGUCUGAGGGACAGGACCUUUCUUCCCUGAGCGUUACCAUGAGCUGGAAGGAGGUAGCUGAAAGGAAGGAUUACUUUUUCCAGGAAACCCCCGCCACAUACAAGAGUCGUAGACGGCAAUCGAAAGAUCGCUCAGCUGACGUGGUUGAUUAUAUUGUUAAAGAGCUCCAGGGAAUAAGUCGCAUCCAGACAGAGAUUGCAGAGCUCCGGGAGCAUCUCACGUUGAUAAAAGGCUCUGUGGAUGAAGUUUCCAGCUGCGUGGACACAGUCUUGAGUGAGAUAGAAGGCCUGCAAAGUGGUUCCACAAGCAAAACCCAGGGUACACAUGCUCGGGAGUCAAGUAAGGAGGUACACAAGGAAGAACCAGUAUUGUAUUUUUAUGGCAUCCCAGAAGAAGAUGGUGAGAACACACUAGAGCUUAUCUGUAACUUCUUGUCUGAGUAUCACUGUUUCAAUGGUAUCCAGUACAGUAAGUAUAUAAAAGAUGCUUAUAGAUCAAAUAUUGGAACAGGCAAGCCACUAACUCCAAGACCAGCAGUUGUGAAACUUGUCAGUUGUGAACAGAGAGACUUUAUUUUACAGAAGUCUGCCCUUCUGCAAAGCUCAGGGGUCCGGGUUGCAACCAGUGAAGAGCAGAAGCAUAAGAGUGGCCAAAGGGGCCACAAAACAGAUUCAGUCUCUUCACAGUCUGGCUUCAAGAAGAACCAUAGCAGCUCAGUGGAUCCUGAUGGAGGUGGGCACCUUCGAACGGACUCAGGCCAGGUUAAGAAUAAAAGCACGAGCAAGAAAACACAGUGUGUAGGGGAGAGACUUGAUUCUGUGCAGAAAUCAACCUUGACUAAGAAAAGCAACUUGGUACCUGAAAGUGGGAAGGAAGCACAGCCAAUAAGCUGCAGUGAGCAGCCUUCAGAUGACAGUGAUGUUCACCAGGCCCUUCAUGAAUCUCUGCAAAACCCACAGGUGAGCAGUUUGACCAAAUUAACUGAUGGAAAUUACUGCUGCUCAUCUGACUCUUCAGGUCAUGCAAGCCAGAUAUCUGCUUCAAGCAAUAGCAGCGAGCACAAGCUUGACACUGAAAGUAUCACUGAGAAUUGUUCUUCCCUUCUAGAUAAAGAUGAAGGGAUAACCACGGAAGAGAUUGAAAUAGAUGGUGAUACUCCAUGCAAACUCACCAGUGUGGAGAAAGCUGAUAUUCAAAGAGAAGAUGUUUCUAGUGGGGUGACAACUAUUAGCUAUGAUCAUACAACAGAUGAAAUGGCUGACAGUAGUGACAGUUUGAAGGAUAUGAUCCAAAUGGACCUGAAUGAUCAAGAUCCAACUGAUCAGGUCUUUAGGGAUGUCCUGGAAAAUUCCCAGUAUUUCCUUGACCAUUCCCGGGACAACAUUGAUCUUGUAGACAUGAAGUUUUACACUAAUAAGCUUGGGAAAGCUAUUCAUCACUUCAGGUCUGCUCUGCAGGUGGUGUUUCACAAACUGGAGACAAGUGAUUCUGAAGCCCUUCUAGAAGAUGAUAGUGGCUUACAGAUGGAUGAUGACAAUACCCUGAUGCUGACCAGUUCAGGUAUGUGUGGCAGCUCUGACAACUUUGCUGAAACCCCUCCUAGUCAGUCCUCUGAGAGCCAGGCAAACACAACUGCCAACAGUGAAGCAUCUGGUCAGGUGCAGCUUGUUCCUUCCAGCCUUUCCUCUGUUCCACAUGAACCUCCUGCCUCAAGUGCGAUGCCAUCAUCUGAGUGUGAAAUCCCCGCUGGGCAGUGCUUACCUCCUGAGGAGCCGGGGGGAGAUGUGAACUCUCUACCUGAGCCAGCAAAGGACUGCAGACCCAUGAGCCUCGACAAGGUGUGCGCAGAGACCAUCUACCUGAACAAAUGCAUCAACAAUUUCAAAAAUGUGCUGAGGGAAAAGAGGCAGAUGCGUAGGAGACUCUUAAAAGAAUUAGCACAGGAAGGAAACUGGAUUUCUGCUGAGGAGACAAAUUCAGAAGGAGGUAGAGGAGAGCUCCAGGGUCAAGAUGAGGCUGAUCCAUCAAAACCACCGUGGCUCAAAGGAGGGCCUGCAGGUGGUCUCUAUGGCAUCGAUAGCAUGCCCGAUCUGCGCAAAAAGAAGCCAAUUCCACUUGUCAGUGAUCUGUCACUGGUUCAGUCCCGGAAAGCCGGAAUUACCUCAGCAAUGGCCACUAGAACAUCUCUCAAAGAUGAAGAGCUGAAAUCUCAUGUCUAUAAGAAGACCUUGCAAGCCUUAAUUUACCCCAUCUCAUGUACAACCCCGCACAACUUUGAAGUGUGGACAGCCACAACCCCUACCUACUGCUACGAAUGUGAGGGGCUGCUGUGGGGUAUUGCACGGCAGGGAAUGCGCUGUGGAGAAUGUGGAGUCAAGUGCCAUGAGAAGUGCCAAGACUUGCUCAACGCUGACUGCUUACAGAGAGCAGCAGAGAAGAGCUCGAAGCAUGGAGCUGAAGACCGAACGCAGAAUUUCAUCAUGGCAAUGAAGGAUCGCAUGAAAAUCCGGGAGCGGAACAAGCCAGAGAUCUUUGACUUGAUUAGAGAUGUGUUCUGUGAGAGCAAAUUGACACAUGCUCAGCAGAUGAAGACAGUGAAGCAGAGCGUGCUUGAUGGCACCUCAAAAUGGUCAGCAAAGAUCACUAUCACAGUGGUGUGUGCUCAGGGUCUGCAGGCUAAAGACAAGACUGGGUCCAGCGAUCCGUAUGUAACCGUUCAAGUGGGUAAAACAAAGAAGAGGACAAAAACGAUUUUUGGGAAUCUGAACCCUGUAUGGGAAGAGAAGUUUUACUUUGAGUGCCAUAAUUCUUCUGACCGAAUCAAGGUGCGAGUCUGGGAUGAAGAUGAUGACAUCAAAUCUCGUGUCAAGCAGAGACUGAAGCGCGAGUCAGAUGAUUUCCUGGGGCAGACAAUCAUUGAAGUCCGUACUCUUAGUGGAGAAAUGGAUGUGUGGUACAACCUUGAAAAGCGAACAGAUAAGUCUGCAGUGUCUGGGGCUAUUCGCCUACAAAUCAGCGUGGAGAUCAAAGGCGAGGAGAAGGUGGCUCCAUAUCAUAUUCAGUACACUUGCCUUCAUGAGAACCUCUUUCACCAUCUCACAGACGUGCAAGGGAACGGGGUGGUGAAGAUCCCUGAUGCCAAAGGAGAUGAUGCCUGGAAGGUGUAUUUUGAUGAGACAGCUCAAGAGAUAGUGGAUGAAUUCGCAAUGCGUUACGGCAUUGAAUCUAUAUACCAGGCCAUGACGCAUUUUGCAUGUCUCUCCUCUAAAUACAUGUGCCCAGGCGUGCCAGCUGUGAUGAGCACCUUACUUGCCAAUAUCAAUGCUUAUUAUGCGCACACCACUGCCUCCACGAAUGUGUCUGCUUCGGACCGGUUUGCAGCCUCCAAUUUUGGGAAAGAGCGGUUUGUGAAGCUUCUGGACCAGCUUCAUAAUUCCCUUCGGAUUGAUCUCUCAAUGUACAGGAACAACUUCCCAGCCAGCAGCCGGGAACGGCUGCAGGACCUGAAGUCUACAGUGGAUUUGCUGACCAGCAUCACUUUUUUCAGGAUGAAGGUCCAAGAGCUGCAGAGUCCACCUCGAGCCAGCCAGGUUGUGAAGGACUGUGUGAAAGCUUGCCUCAACUCCACCUAUGAGUACAUUUUCAACAACUGUCACGAGCUGUACAGUCGCGAGUACCAGACGGAUCCUAACAAAAAUCAGGACCUUCCUCCUGAGGAACAGGGCCCUAGCAUCAGGAACCUGGAUUUCUGGCCCAAGCUCAUCACUUUGAUAGUUUCCAUCAUAGAAGAGGACAAGAAUUCUUAUACCCCAGUCCUGAAUCAGUUUCCUCAGGAGCUUGCUGUUGGGAAGAUCAGUGCAGAGGUGAUGUGGAGUCUUUUUGCCCAGGAUAUGAAAUAUGCCAUGGAAGAGCAUGAGAAACACAGACUGUGUAAAAGUGCAGACUAUAUGAAUCUACACUUCAAAGUGAAGUGGCUGUAUAAUGAAUAUGUUCGUGAUCUGCCUGCCUUCAAGGGAAAAGUGCCUGAAUAUCCAGCGUGGUUUGAGCAGUUUGUGAUGCAGUGGCUGGAUGAAAAUGAAGAUGUUUCCUUAGAAUUCCUGCAUGGUGCUCUGGAGAGAGAUAAAAAAGAUGGGUUCCAGCAAACAUCCGAGCAUGCUCUGUUCUCCUGCUCAGUGGUGGAUGUCUUCACCCAGCUCAAUCAGAGCUUUGAGAUCAUUAAGAAGCUGGAGUGCCCAGACCCUGUCAUUGUUGCUCAUUAUAAUAGGAGGUUUGCUAAGACUAUUGGGAAAGUGCUGAUGCAGUAUGCUGACAUUCUCUCCAAGACCUUCCAGUCCUACUGUUCGAAGGAGAAACUGCCCUGCAUCCUGAUGAAUAAUGUCCAACAGCUGAGGGUGCAACUAGAGAAGAUGUUUGAAGCCAUGGGUGGUAAAGAGUUGGAUGCAGAAGCAAGUGACCAUCUCAAAGAGCUCCAGGUGAAGCUGAACAAUGUUUUGGAUGAGCUGAGUGCUGUGUUUGGUAACAGCUUUCAGACUCGUAUUGAUGAGUGUGUCAAGCAAAUGUCUGAUAUCCUCUGUCAAGUGAAAGGGACAGGAAAUGUUGCUGCUAAUGCCAGAAACACAGUUGCACAAGAUGCAGAUAAUGUCCUGAGGCCAUUGAUGGAUUUCCUGGAUGGAAACCUGACACUGUUCGCAACCGUGUGUGAAAAGACAGUGUUGAAGAGGGUGCUGAAAGAGCUCUGGAGGGUAGUAAUGAAUACCAUGGAGAAACUGAUUGUGCUGCCUCCUCUGACAGAUCAUACGGGCACACAGUUGAUUUUCAGUGCUGCUAAGGAACUGGGACACUUGUCAAAGCUGAAGGUAUUGUUCUGCAUGGCUUGCGUUAAUGUCCAUGUGUGUAAGCAUGGAAGUUUAGUAGCAUGUAGCUUGUCCUGUGCUUCCAGUGGUUUGUCGCUGAAUGCAGUCAUAGAGAAAUGCCUUUAAAUGCAUUACAUGUGC